UAGCUCAGCGGCCGGUUGGUGGCAGAAGGCAGAGUCAGCUGGCGUAGAGGGACCGACACGGAUCAACUAAUCGCUGCCGCCCCCUCUGCCGUGGUCUGCUCGACGAACAACCCUUCGACGGAGCUUCCUAUCCUGUACAGGAAGAGAAACUUUGAGGUGUAAGCCACAAAUCAUGGCUCUGGACGCUUUGACCCCGCUGAUAUAAGCGACACCGCGGAGGAGAAAGGAUCGACCUCACAGAAACCACAGCAGCUGCUUUGGUGUAUUUUUUUUUUUUUUCUCGCUCGGAGGGAACGACGGCAUCCGGCCUGAGAAAAAGAAGCUCCGAGGUCGGGGACUCCGGUCGGAGCAGUCUCCAUCGCUUCUGGCCUCCCCUACCUGAGAGCUCCAUGGAGAAGAUGAAGCGGUUCAAGCGACGUCUCACUCAGACGCUACGAGGCAGCCACACCAUCGACGAGUCGCUGUCAGAGCUGGCUGAGCAGAUUACGAUAGAGGAGAAUGGACUGAAGGACAGCGAGCCCAUAGUGAGGAACGGCCGUCCUCCGUCGGCCCACAGCGUCCACUCUUUCCUUCACCAGUACACGGGCUCUUUCAAGAAGCCGCCAAUGAGACGGCCGCAGAGCGUCAUCGGAGGCGGCCUGGGUCUGGUCAUGCCUCGCAACGGCAGCCGCCUCGAUAUUGUUCAUGAGAAUAUAAAUAUGGGGUCAGACGGGGAGAGCGAUCAGGCAUCGGGGACGUCCUCUGAUGAGGUGCAGUCUCCCACGGGUGUCUGUCUGAGGAACAAAGGAAACAGACGGAUCUCUGCUGAGGACUUGAACAAGCGUCUGUCUCUACCAGCCGACAUCCGGAUACCUGACGGCUACCUGCAGAAGCUGCAGUUCAGCAGCCCACCCUUCGAUCAGCCACUGAGCCGACGUUCCCGCAGAGCAUCACUGUCAGAAAUCGGAUUUGGGAAGCUGGAGACGUACAUCAAACUGGACAAACUGGGGGAGGGCACGUAUGCAACUGUUUUCAAGGGGAGGAGUAAGCUGACGGACAACCUGGUGGCGCUGAAGGAGAUCCGGCUAGAGCACGAGGAGGGGGCCCCAUGUACAGCUAUCAGAGAAGUGUCUCUACUGAAGGACCUGAAGCACGCCAACAUCGUCACGCUGCACGACAUCAUCCACACGGACAAGUCGCUGACACUGGUGUUCGAAUACCUGGACAAAGACCUUAAGCAGUACAUGGACGACUGCGGGAACAUCCUGAGCAUGCAGAAUGUUAAGAUUUUCCUGUUCCAGAUUUUGCGAGGUUUGGCCUACUGUCACCGACGGAAAGUCCUGCACAGAGACCUGAAGCCCCAGAAUCUGCUCAUCAAUGACAGAGGAGAACUCAAACUGGCUGACUUUGGCUUGGCGAGGGCCAAGUCCGUGCCCACUAAAACAUACUCCAACGAGGUGGUGACGCUUUGGUACCGUCCUCCUGACGUGCUGCUGGGUUCCUCGGAGUACUCCACGCAGAUAGACAUGUGGGGGGUGGGCUGCAUCUUCUACGAGAUGGCUGCCGGCAGACCCCUGUUCCCCGGUUCCACAGUGGAGGACGAGCUGCACCUAAUCUUCAGAUUGUUAGGCACUCCUACAGAAGACAGCUGGCCUGGAAUAUCCUCCAUCGACGAGUUCAGGUCCUACAAGUUCUCCAAGUACAAGCCACAGCCUCUGAUCAAUCAUGCACCCAGGCUGGAUAACGAUGGAAUCGAACUGCUGACUUCAUUCCUAAAAUACGAAUCCAAAAAGAGGAUCUCCGCUGAUGAAGCAAUGAGGCAGCCGUACUUCAGGACCCUGGGACUGCGCGUGCACACACUGCCAGAGAACAUGUCCAUAUUUACACUGAAGGAGGUGCAGCUGCAGCGAGAUCCCGGCUACCGGAGCUCCUCGCAUGCCGAAUCAGGCAACGGAAAGAACAGAAGACAAAGCAUGCUGUUUUAAAAACUCUGGACUGGACUGUUUUAUUUUUAUUUUGAUGAGAAGGACCUCGCUGCAGACAGAUCAGUUCCUAGAGGUGGAUGGAUGUGUUGAAAUGAUCUUCAUCACUGGGAAACCUCACCUGUCCCCAGUACAACUCUCCCUCCCAGCCCCUCCAUCCUCCUCCCAGGUUUAGUCUGAACCUGGCUCCAAUAAGAGACAUUUAUUUACUGUACAUUUAUAUUUAUUGACAGAAGAUCUUGCUGCUAAUCCAACUACUGUUUAGAAUUCUAACUGGCUCAGUCACUUUAAUGAACACAUGCCAUGUGUAUAGAUUUUUAACUUCUUUUUUUUGUGUGUCUUUUUUUGAGUUUUGAAGUGGCAUAUUUUUUUGUCUAUCAGUGUUUGUUUGGUCUCUCUUAACACGUCCACUCCACCUUCACAGCUCCUUGUGCGUUUGUGGCGCGCAGACAGAGCGACGUUUCUGUAGCAGCUCAGUGGAGGUCAAAUGUUUUGUCUGUUCUAAACGGUGCUGCACAAAUCAUCUGUGACCAUUGAAGGCUUCCGAGGCCAGGUUUCAUAUAAUAACUGAUCGCUUUCGCCCCGACCCGAAGAUGUUCCCCGAAUGCCGGUGCAAAGCUCGUGUUCUUCUAAGACGCCUUGGUCUCAGUCAUGACCAAGGAAACAAAAGCAGGGAUAGAGGAAUUACUAACAAGGGCAUUACUGGAAGAAAUCCUCCAUGUUCUACUUUAUUCUGGGAGUCAUGCGAGUUUCUCUUGUUUUUUUCUGCCUCCAUCUUUGUGUUGAACCAGCCUGCUCCGUUGUGUGAUGAAGCACACAGCAGGUGAGCUCCUAAACCAGGAAGCGCUAGGUGUAGUUCUGCCUCCCCCUGGUCAUCGCUCAUCCCUCAGUGUUACAACAAAUGUUUUCUAUGAUGUUCUUUAACUUUACUUGUGAAUAACAGAUAACAGUGUGGGAUUGUGUUGCAGAUGCCCCUCCCAUGUUUGAGUUUUUUUCAGAGUAAAAGAAAUUAAAUUUAAAGUUUAAACAAA